AGGAAACCCACGCGGACACGGGGAGAACAUGCAAACUCCACACAGAAAGGCCCUUGCCGGCCACGGGGCUCGAACCCAGGACCUUCUUGCUGUGAGGCAACAGCGCUAACCACUACACCACCGUGCCGCCUCCAAGAAAGUUGGCGGUGCGUGUCAAUAAUUAUCCUCCACUCUGAUGGAUUCCCUUGAAGACACCUUCGAGGCACUGUCGAUCUCCAGACGCUUGCAGCCAGAUGAGCCGUCGUAUAUCCUGGACUUAACCCUUUCACCCGUGGACCUCGUUGCCGUGUCCUGCUCCAAUCGUGUCGUUCGGCUGCACGCCAAAGAGACCCUCCGAGUCUUGGGAGAACAUCAGGGCCACACAGGGGCCGUGUUCGGGGUUCGAUUUUCUCCAUCCUCACCCGAUCUGCUCUUCUCUGGCUCUUCAGACGGGACGCUGCGAUCCUGGGACGUGCGUCAGCCCGGUUCCUCCGCAGUCCGGGUGUUCAGGAGCGAUCCGGAUCAUUCGUACUGUUCGUUCGAUGUGAGCUGUAACGGCACGGUGGUGUGUGCCGGCACCGAGCAGCUGGGCGAAGACAGCUUUCUGGUUUUCUGGGACUCCCGGAUGACAGGAGGUGGAGCCAGACAGGAAGGGCUGCUGGGGGUGUACUCAGAGUCGCACAGCGAUGACAUCACAGCCGUACGCUUUCACCCAAAGCAGGCAGACAGGCUGGCGUCGGGUUCCACAGACGGCCUGGUGAACGUCUUCGAUUUGAGUUUGGGAGAAGAAGACGACGCCCUCAUCACCACGUGCAACUGUGACUCAUCCGCUAGCGCCCUCUGUUGGUCAGGUAAGAAUCAGGACCAGCUGCUGUGUUUGACACACGACGAAGGGCUCCAUCUGUGGGAUUUGUCUCAGCUGGACAGCGACGACUCCUUCACGCUCUUCAGUUCAUCUGACGCUCGAACCCUCAUCUCUUCACCUGAGGGAACUUCUCUGGAUUACUUUGUGGGCGGAACAUGGCUGGACGAAGCAGAUCGCCUGGUCGUGGUGGGCGGAUCCCACAGCGGAGAGCUCCACCUGCUGGACUGCACUGACGGUGAACUGAAGCUGAUGAAGUCACUGAGCGGCGGCCAUUCAUCUACGGUCCGGUGUUUCCAGUGGGAUGCGGUGGGCGUGGCCUUGCUGACGGGCGGCGAGGACGGCCAGCUGCUCCAGUGGAAGGUGGGAGCCGAAGAGAUCAGCGUGGGGAAGAAAGACAACUUCAAAAGCAUCUCAUCCGUGCAGCUUAAAGCAAAAUCGCACAGGAAGCAGGCACUGAAAAAAGAGAGAAAGCGUACAUUUUAAUUUUCAUCCUUUCUCCAGAAGAGUCUCGUUUUAAAAUAUUGGACACUGUUUUAUUAAUAAAACGAUCUUUAAUAAUCUUUA